CCGCCUGCGGAGAGCAAGCACGCAGCUGUCAAGCUCCCAGGACGACGUCAAUUCCAUCUCCCGUCGGCACCGGUCUGCCAUUGCCGCGUCUUGCCGUCGAAUGAUCACCGGCACCGCCAUGGUGUCGGGCUUUCCAAGCAUGAUUGAGCCGAUCUGAAACGAUGCUGCUCAAGACACCCACAGCUGCCCUUCAAUCGUGCAGCCCCUCUGUUGCCGCACUCUGUUCCGCGACUCUGUUCCCGCCGGCAAGCAGAUUGCAGCAUCGCCGGGUCGGCGCCGUUGCCCCGGCCCGCCCAGGGCAGCGUCGAUCCUAUGCUUCCGUACAUGACGGGCAACGCGUCAAGCGCGACAAGCACGAUUCCAGCGAUCCGCCGCGGUGGCCGACGUCGGCGCAUCCGACCCCCUACGAGAUUUUCGGGCUGGCGCGGAAUGCUCCCUAUAGCAAAGCUCGGUACUUCCAGCUUGCCAAGCUCUACCACCCCGACCGCCACCAUCAUACUUCCGGCGAUGGCAUCUCCCACGUGACGAAGCUCGAGCGCUACCGCCUUGUGGUGGCGGCCAACGAACUUCUCAGUAACCCACAAAAGAAGCGCAUGUACGACCUCUACGGAUUCGGUUGGGAGAACCAAGCCGACUCCCAGUCCCGACAUCGCGAGGCUGAUCGAGCGUGGCGGCAACAGCCAGGGAACGCCAGCAUGAACGCGACAUGGGAGGAUUGGGAGCGCUGGUACCGGGAGCGGGAUGGCAGCGGUGGCAGUGGCGAGAAGCAGGAGCAGAUAUUUACAUCGAACCUCGCGUUCAUGGCCAUCAUCUCGACGUUCUUGAUCAUUGGCACGUGGGGCCAGAUGACAAGGGCCGGCGCGAACUCGGUGACCCUGCUCGAGAUGCGGGACCAGCAGCAUGUUGCCCUCAGCAACGAGCUACGGGAGCGCCGGAACCAGAGGGCAGGACUGGACCGGGAGGCCAGGGUCGAGAGCUUCCUCCGGCAACGAGAGCUGGAGAGGUGGGCAUAUGAUCCGCCUGGACAUGGCCUUCCAGCAACCGCACACGAAGAAAACGAGACCCUGGACAAACCAAGCCGGCUCCGCAGCUAGCUGUCGCCCGCGCCUUCGCAGGCACUGGCAAACCAAGACCCCACCUCAUUUGCACGGGGAAAGGCGCCCACUGCGGUUUCAAGCCCACAAGAGU